CCACUAGCUCGAUCACUCCUCUGAAUUUGUUGUGUAUCGAGUGACGCUCAAUCGGCCUUUCGGCUUCGCCACAGUCACUAUCUCCCACCUCAGCGUAACCCUCGAUCUGCCCCGGUCUCUGACGCGAUAACACCACAUCCCUGAGAUUCACCGGCGUCGCGCGCAUUACCCCCGCACAGUCCGCCAUGAAUCGUUUCCGCAAGAGCAAAAAGGACAAGGUGAAGGAGGAGGUGAUAGAAGUCCCUGAGAGCAGCUCAGUAGGACUCGGCUCCAAGCUGUCAUGGAAAUCUAAGAAGGAGGAGCCCGAGGAGAAAUCGGAUUUCGAUCUCUCCUCAGCCUUACCAUCGACCGACGACUUCCGCACCAGUCUUUUGAUGCCAAAAUUGUCCGCACGGUUCAGCAUGUUAAGAGAGCAGGAUGAUCCGGAUUCCAUUAUCGGCAAAGCAAGUGACGACAGUGUCUUAUUCCCCAAGCGUGCCUCGCGACUGAAUCUUUUCGGUCACAACCCCGGCUUCCUGGCUGAUAUAGAUGAGGUCUCAAUCGAUGGUCGAUCGAUAGCCCCAGGGCGUGCCCAAUCAAUAGUGUCGGAGGAUAAUUCCUGUGGGAUUGAUGAGGACCCCUCACAGAAAGAAAGUAUUAUGAGCAGAGGUCGCCGAGUGGAAAGCAAUAACUUGUUUGGCGGACGGCAGAAGGUAUACAAGAUCUCAUCGAAGUCAACAUUGGGUGCUUCCGACUCUGGGCGUUCACAGAUGAGCAGCCGUGCGCUCUAUGAACCUGACUUGACAACGUCUGCUUUUCACUCUCCCGAUGCCAAAGAAGGCGUCGAAUCGAUGGCGGAGGAUUUGCCACAAGGAAGUCCUUCCCACGAGAUGGAAGACGCACUUUCCCGGGUCUCCUCCGCCAAACGCACCACCCUUUCUUCCACUGCAUCCGGUCCUAUUGCGAAUGCUCGCACAUCAACAGCUGCUACGUCGAUAGAUGAGCAGUCAUUAUCGGGAACUUCGCCGCAGACGUCAGCCAGCGAGGGUCUGUUCUCUGCACCAAAGUCAACCAUGCCGGGAAUGGCAGCUGAACGUGGUUCAAUCAAGUCGAGGCGUCUAUACGGGCAAGGGUUGGCGCAGAGUGCACAAAAUCAACAAGCAUCUACCCUCCAGCGCCUAGAGAGCCUGAGUCGUCAGAGAGCAGGAACUCCCGAGCACGCGCCACUCAACCGGGCUUUCUCCAAAAGCGCCACAAAUCUCCGUGAUAGAAUGCAACCCCUGACGAUCACCGAACCCCUUCCCAGUAACCCCAGUCCGACCCAGCCCACGAGCCCCGAAUCUUUGUUUCCAUCUUCAGAGGAGGCGCUAAACAUUGCCGCCAAGGGACUCAAAGGCCCUGCAAGCACCACGUACAGUGUUCCUCCGCUGAGUCCCCCUUUCAGUGAAAAUGAAGAGGGAGGAGCCCUGGUGGCUGCUCUCCGACCGGAGGACCAUGGUAAGGCUACGGCUUCAGGCCUGUUCAAUAAGCCGAAGACCACUUUCGAUGAAAGUCAGUUCAAACAACGCCAGCUACAGAUGCACCAAGGGAGGAGCACACCGCCUUUGGCUAGGCCCCUUCCACCGCCCGCGAGAACCAAACUGCCUGAGCUUCCUGGACGCGCGCGGGGUUUUUCGAAUGCAAGCUACACGUCGAGGCCUGGCUCAGCAUCUUCGCACUACAGUGAAGCUCAACGCCCCGGUAGCCGGUCCGCCACGAACGCUUCCCCUCCGAAGACCACCGGCGUCACUUUCUUUGCCAACUCGAGCCAAAGUGACUCGGAGGAUGAAGGCCGCGCCUCGCGUUUGCGCGACACAGUGUACACUACAGACGAACUGCACCCUGCACUGCGACCGGAAACCCCUUCCAAGCCCUCGACGCCCUCGAGUGAACACCGAAGCCCUCUGCCUGAAGUGCGGUACUCCGAUUUGGGAGAUUUGAAGCCGAUUGCGGAGCAUGAUCUUGUUGAGAACAAGUCUAGUAGCGGUCAGGAUCCUCCAGAGAAGCCGGACUCCCCUACGCUGGGACCCUCAGGUCUGGGCUUGAGUGGCUUGGUUCGCGCACACCUUCGACAGGACAGCGACCGUUCGUCGAUUUACCCUCCUCCUUCUCCUGGUCUUCCCGCUAGGCCUGCAGACACGAAUGCAGUAGCGGAUACCAGUGCGCAAUAUCUAAAAAGUGCCCCCUAUAGCUCAAAUUGGCAGGAUGAGCUCGUCUCCAGACAUAGGCGCGAAGCAAGUACCGAGACACAAAUUGAGCGCGAAGAGUUCGCCAACGAGCUAGCGGAGAGACGGAGAAAGGUGCAGGAAAAAUUGAAGGGCUUUGCGGAGGUGGAGAGCAGAUCAGCUAGUCCUGUUUCUGGCCGCCAAACUCCAGACUUCACUCCGAGCAAACCGGGAAACGCAUUCUCUUUUCUGAAGAACAAAUCAGGGAAGCAACAUCUCUUCAGCAAACAGGAUCUGAAGGGUGCUAAAGGCUUGGGAUAUGCAAACGCCUCUACUCCGGCUCUGGUGUCGGAUGACCCUUGGCGGGAGGAGGAAGAAAGGCCGGCCCUGCCUUUCGCAAAGCAUGCUAAUUCUAGCACCCCCCACAUUGCAGGCGAGAGGUCCUUCCGUUCCAAAAUGUCCGUCUUCGGUCGCAGCAGUCAGGAAGACUCUCGUGAGUCCAGCCGGAGCCGCGGUGCAUCUCCACACUCCAGCUUUAGAUCACGCCGAGAUCGCUCCACGUCUGACGCAUCGGGUCGCUCGAAAAGUCGCUCGCGGCGAGACCGAGAUGGCCUAGAGACAUUGGAAGAAGUUGGGCACGGUACUCACCACCCAAUGGCCUAUCCUGAUCAUGAUCAGUAUGGCAUCCACUCCGUCAGUUCCUCUGGCCGCCCCUCAGUCGAAGCCACCGAGUCUGCCAUGUAUGAGCGCUGCUCGUCCGCUGCUUCAACUAGGCACCGUAGUGGAAGCCGCUCAGCUGUCUCGAGCUUCCACGAUCGUCCUUCCUACUUUUCGACGAACAGUUCAUCCCUGAUUGGUGCCGCUCCUCGUCCCUCCCCCAUUGCACCUUAUUCCGCCAACGCCACACCACCCUUGGAUCUUGGUUCUGAGAACGGUUCCCCUCUGGUGCCUGCUAUUAGUAAUAACCACCAACCUUAUCACGCUCUCAAUCGUGCACCGGGUAACAAUGGCCUUACAAAGCGGGCAAUCAACAAGACCCUUAUCUCUGAGCCUACAUUGGUUUCCUGCACAUCAAACGUACCGACGGUCGGUCUUCCUCCUGGCGCCAGCCUGAGUAAUGGAAUGGAUACACCACCAAUUCCGCCGAUGAAUCCACGACGUCGUCGUCAGACCACCACGCAGACUAUUCUGGGAGCACUCAAAGGUGAGAGACAUGAGUCUCAGUACACACCUUCGAUCGACUCGGCUAUGGAGGAGACAAGCAAUUUCUCCGACGACGGCGAAAAGCGCCCGAAGUCUCGAGCCAGGCUUCGCAAAUCCUCUAGCGAGGGAGGCAACUUGAACGCGAAGGCCCGUCACCAGCUGCUUGCUGACGCACAUCCGCCUGCUGUUCCUACCUACCCACCACCCCAAAUUCCUCUGGAUGGAGGAAUGUUUUGAAAUCCUUAAACCCCAUGUUGAACACCCGAGAAACUUCCAUUCCCUUCAAUACCUUCUCAACUCACUUCUUUCCCGACUACGAUGUAUUAUUGACGUUCUGGCUUAGCCUUCUGCAUCUUGAUGUUGGAUACCUCUCCUUAGCAAUUCCGGUUUUGCAUCCAUCAUGAUAUACCAACAGCGUUACGUUGAGCGGAGCAUUAUUACUUUCCUU